GUCCGCAGAGCGGGCGCACAACUACUACUGUCGAGAAAAAGAUCGGUAGUAGCAGGGAUCCGCAUGUUCUACGCAAAAGGUGCCGAAUAGACAAGGUAUUUUCUCAUCCAAGGAUACGCAACGAGCAUGGGACUAAACCGGGGGGGUGACAGGCAGAUGGUGGGGGAGCGGAAGGUAUGCGCGAGAAUGAGAGGGGGAAACGGGAGAGACUACAUAAACAGGGUGCAAGGAGAUCAGUACCCCCAGAGCUCAGGGCUCGUCUCACUGACCAUAGCUCCUGGGGUUACUUGGAGACGAAGGACGGGGACCCGCCGAUGCAGCUGGUUCAGAAACGUCUGGAGGGAAGAAGAAAAGUACAGUCUGUCCUGUAUGCUUGGUACAGAGAUAUUUUCCCGUAAUUUCGUACAUGCGACUUCGAGCGCAGGGGGCCGAGAAUCAAGUCGGUUCGCCCAUAUGGAGAAGGAAGAGGAGAUUAUUUCUAGGGCCUGAUCGGUCUAGGUCUCGUUUUGUUUCUGGGUCUGGGUAUUUCGCCUCCUGGGAUCUUUUGGGAUGGCAAGACGGACACUAGCAAGAUGGACUAAGUGGUAAGAACAACAGGGAGACGCGUGGAACUAAAGCUGGAGGACCCAGCU